GCUUCUACUCUUUCAAUCAAAUUUUGAGCCCACUACCUCUCACCUACCCUGCGUCCAUGGAGAAGAAAGAGAUUGAGCCCGCGUCCAAUGCGGACGAGUACUUCCCCGACCACCAGGUGAUCCAUGCACCGGUGCGUGAACGAGUCUACGGCCUGGAUGCUCGUGUGGAUCCCUCAGUUACCUUCGAGGAAUACGUGUAUUGGGCCAAGAUCGAGCGUGCCGAGGAAGAGGAGGCCAACCGGCUGUACGUGGAAGAAAGGGGUACUCUCACAGUUGGCAAAGUGAUCAAGAACCGCUUUUCCAAGGGUGUGCACCACGAGAACAAGAGAAAGCAGGAGAGAGAGGCCGCGGCCCAGAUCACACACGGCGCCACCGACGAUAAGAAAGAUGCUGCGACUGUGCUGGCUUCCUCCUCGAGCUUAGACCCGGAAUGGAAAACUGCCGCUCGAGCCCUGCGCACUGCUAGCUGGGGAACAAUCUUCUACCUCAUCACCACCGACAUCCUCGGUUGGUCCUCUUGCCCUUUUGUGUAUGCUAGUCUCGGAUUCGGUCCUGCCACCGCGCUGUAUGUUAUCUUUGGCAUUGCCGCCGGUGUUAGUGGUUACAUCCUGUGGCAGGUCUUCCUGAAGCUCGACUCUUCACGAUACCCGAUGUUGAGUUUUGGCGAUACCUAUUUCCGUGUCUACGGGCCGAAAGCGCGUCACUUCAUCAACGUGACGCAGUCCCUGCAGCAGUUCAUGACGGUUUCCGUGCUGAUCCUGGGUAACGGUACGACCCUGGCGCAGCUGGCAAACUCGAAGCUUUGCUUUAUUGUCUGUAUGGUCAUCGUUAUGGUGGUUGGAAUGUGCUUUGGCAUGAUUCGCAGUUUGCAACGCCUUGGCUGGCUGACAAAUAUGUCCGUGUGGCUCAACAUUGUCAGCUUUAUCGUCAUUAUGGUGUCUGCAGCCCAUUAUCCCCCUGUCUAUGAAGUCGUCACAAAGUCUACUCUUAUCAAAACGAUUGGUCCCAUUAAGACGUUCGCUGGUGCUCCCCCGACUGAAUAUCAACAACAGGGCGCCGGAUUCGCCGGGCAAUUCAACGGUGUCGACUCACUUGUUUACAGCUACGGAGGUGCCAUGCUCUUCAUCGCUUUCCUCGCCGAGAUGCGCCACCCCAUGGACUUCUGGAAAGGCAUGCUCAUCGCCCAACUGUUUAUCUGCAUCGUUUAUGUCAUCUUCGGUGCCUUCGUCUACAGCUUCUGGGGACAGUACUCCGCCUCGAACAUCUACAACAUCGUUAAUCCUUACGGGUUACAAUUGACGGGAAACAUCAUCAGUCUCAUCACGAGUUGGAUUGCAUGCAUUCUUUAUUUCAACGUCGGCAUGAAGACCGUCUACAUUGAGGUCUGUCAGGAAGUGUUCAAGAUGCCCGAGAUCACCAGCCCCAAAGGUCGUUGGCUCUGGUACUUCCUAGGCCCCGCAUACUGGAUCUUGGCCUUCGUCGUCUCUGCUGCUGUACCUAACCUCAACGGUAUCGUGAGCAUGGUCGGUGCGCUGCUGAUUCUCAACUUCACUUACACCUUUCCCGCGCUGUUGUACGUCGGCUUCCGGUGUCGGAUGGAUGCGGCCCUGCCCGGUGAGGGCUUCGACCCUGUGACGGGCGAGACCACGCGCCAUGAUAGUGGGUGGAAGCGCUGGGCUCGCGGCUUCAAGAAAUAUUGGUGGAUCAAUGUCCCCAGUUUGCUUUAUUUCAUGGGUGGCUUGGCGUGCUCCGGAAUGGGGGCCUGGGCUGGUAUUGAAGGGCUGAUCUCUGUCUUUGGACCGGGAGGAACAGUGGCUACCUCGUUUGGUUGCGCGGUGCCUGUGUAAGUGUUGCCCAUGGCAUGGCAACUGUGAGAGGUGGUCCUAUUUAUGAGCUGGCAACCACGGCGUUCAGUAAGAUGGGUAGGAUAAGUUACGCUGUCAAGGACCCACUGUGGGCGGAAUGUAGGAUGCCUGGCUUUCUCUUCUAAGUGUCUAUCUAUCUAGGACAUAUACAUAACCG